UGCACGAAGAGACAUCCCCAGUUGAAUCGGCGCAACUGGCAAAAUAAAAUCCGCGCUUGUAGACUGCCACGCGCGCGUGAAGUGAAAAACGAAAAGAAACGGAACGCCAACGAUAAAUGAACGGUUUUUCAGUAGGAAACGGAACGGAAACGAAAAGGAACGGACUCAUAUUGGAAACUUUUUUUUGGACUCCUACUGUAUUAGAGAGACGUGGCUGGCCGAGUGGCUGUUGCAGAACAAUCCCAACAAACCACUGGUGGAGGAACCACUGACAUGACUACGACUGUCACGAGCCCCUGCAAUUAUCACACCAUAAUGACCUCUGUAUAAUUAUACAAGUGACCGAUACUUGACAUGAAAGCCCAUGUAUACACAUCUUUAGCAAC